AUGGCCAGUUCGUGUGCUGUUCAGGUGAAACUGGAGCUGGGGCAUCGAGCUCAGGUUAGGAAGAAACCCACCGUGGAGGGGUUUACCCACGACUGGAUGGUGUUUGUUAGAGGACCCGAGCACAGCAACAUUCAGCACUUCGUGGAGAAAGUCGUAUUUCACUUGCAUGAAAGCUUCCCUAGGCCAAAAAGAGUGUGUAAAGAUCCACCUUACAAAGUUGAAGAAUCUGGGUAUGCUGGUUUCAUUUUGCCAAUUGAGGUUUACUUCAAAAACAAGGAAGAACCGAAGAAAGUCCGCUUUGACUAUGACUUAUUCCUGCACCUUGAAGGCCACCCACCUGUAAACCACCUCCGCUGCGAAAAGCUCACAUUCAACAACCCAACCGAAGAAUUCAGAAGAAAGUUGCUGAAGGCCGGAGGGAUCAUGGUAAUGUCAGAUGGCACAUCAGUCUCUUCGGGACAGAGCCUUCAUCUCCCCAACCUUCCCAGUAACUCCCUGUCUUCUUCUGAAGUGAAGAAGAAAUCAUCUCAUGGGCCAAAGGACCCCAAUAAGAAUAUAAACACAAACAGCAGCAGCAGUAGUAACAGUUUUUCAAAGCCCCAUAAAUUAACAAAGGAGCACAAGGAAAAACCGUCUAAAGACUCAAAAGAACAUAAAAGUGCCUUCAAAGAACCUUCCAGGGAACACAACAAAUCUUCCAAAGAAUCCUCUAAGAAACCCAAAGAAAACAAACCACUGAAAGAUGAAAAAAUAGUUCCUAAGAUGGCCUUCAAGGAACCCAAACCCAUGUCCAAGGAGCCAAAAUCUGAAAAUAGCAUUCUUACUAUAACAGGUGGACAGCAGCAAGAAAAGAAAGCCCCUACAAAAAGGCCCCCUACUACAGAUUCUGAGGAACUUACUGCCAAAAAAAGGAAAAAAAGUAGUUCGGAGGCUUUAUUUCGAAGUUUUUCUAGUGCUCCCUCCCUGAUACUUACUUGUUCUUCUGACAAAAAACAAAUAAGGGAUAAAUCUCAGCUUAAGAUGGGGAAGGUCAAAAUGGAAAGUGAGACACUGGAGAAGAAAAAGCCUGCUUUACCACCAUUUGACGAUAUUGUGGAUCCCAAUGAUUCUGACAUGGAGGAAAACAUGUCCUCCAAAUCUGAAUCUGAACAGCCUAGCCCUGCCAGUUCAAGCUCAAGUUCCAGCUCCAGUUUUACACCAUCUCAGAACAGCAGACAACAAGGUCCCUUGAGGUCUAUAAUGAAAGAUCUGCAUUCUGAUGAUAAUGAAGAUGAAUCAGAUGAAGCAGAUGAGAAUGAGAAUGACUCUGAAAUGGAGAGACCUGUAAAUACUCGUGGAGGAAGUAGAGGUCGCAGGGUUAGUCUAAGUGACGGUAGUGACAGUGACAGCAGUUCAGCUUCCUCACCUCUACAUCAUGAACCUCCACCACCUUUAUUGAAAACCAACAACAAUCAGAUUCUAGAAGUGAAAAGUCCAAUAAAGCAAAGUAAAUCUGAUAAACAAAUAAAGAAUGGUGAAUGCGAUAAGGCAUAUCUCGAUGAACUAGUAGAGCUCCACAGAAGAUUAAUGACAUUGAGGGAAAGGCAUGUACUGCAACAGAUUGUAAACCUUAUAGAAGAAACUGGACACUUUCAUAUCACAAACACAACCUUUGACUUUGACCUUUGCUCACUGGACAAAACCACAGUCCGUAAACUACAGAGUUACCUGGAAACAUCUGGAACAUCCUGAGGAUACAGCAUCUGGCUGCAUCAAAAACUGUUUUUUAAAUAAAACAUUCAAAGUGAUGCAACCAAAAUGGAAAAAAAUAAACCAACCCUCUUCAGCUUUAUUUUUCUUUAAAGCCAGUCAUCAUCUCUUGAUAAAGGAGGGAAAAGUGAAAAGACUCAGAGGAUCGCUCUUCUCACCAAGGAAACGCUCUGGAAGAGUUAGCCUGGAUAGCCUUGAAAAAAAAACAAAAAACACAAAAAAACCCACAAAAAAACUUGUUCUUAAUGAAUGUGUAUGGUAUCAUGUAUCUCUCUGUGGUGUUCCAGUCCACAGGACGAAUGCAUGUUCAACACACUGCCUUAUUACAUAACUGAUCUAUUUAUUAUUGCAUACAUAUAUUCUAAAGUCAUUGAGGGAAUGACACUACCAGAUGUUACAAGUACUCGGGUUCCAUGUAUGCUCCUUUGAUGCAGCACCAUCACAAGCCUAGUAACCUUACUCAUGUUAAAAUGCCACUUAUUGCUGACUUUCUCUAGUCACUUAAAACACUAUAGUCUUGUUUCCACUUUUGCAGUUCCAGGAAACAAGAUACCAAGCGGGGGACCAAAAAGCGGCCCUAAUAUUUGUCUCCAGUCCUGCCACAGGGGGUUGGACCACAGGUCCUUGGCUCUAUCCAUUUAUUGAUCUUAGACCAUGGUAAAAAAUGCACCAAAUAGGAUCAUAUGACUUGCUGUCUAGCCUUAGUCAAUAAACCAGUAGGACUUGUAACAAAAAAGUGUUACUGUGUAAUGUCCUGAAUCCAGCAUUGUUUGUCAUCAACAUUCUUGUGUCUGUUUUAAUGUUAUAAUAUUAGAUAUAUAUAAAAGUGAAGGUGUUCUACAGGAUCACCAUAAAAGGAGGAAUACUGGUCCUGUUUUCUAAGGAAAUGUUGUAGAAAAUUCUUAAUUUGGAGCUAUUUAUUACUGCGAGUUUCAAUACUCUUCUGCUGCCAGUGUGUGACUCACCUUUACCAUAAAAACUGUUGGCAUAGUAUUUUUGUUUGUUCAUACAGUACAUGGUCUGAUUAGACUAUUUUUUUUACAUCUGAUAAAUUAAAAUCCUUUCUUUG